UGUUUGCGGACCGCUAUGAUAUCAUAGAAGAAGUACUCAGCCCUCAUUGAUGUCUCUUGCGUACAAUGUUGUUUGUCUCUGAUAGUGCUAGCUAAUAAAUAAGGUAUUAUCUACCUUAUCAAAAUGUCUGCAAAGAACCUGCGAGGGAACGAAAACGUUGCUGAGGGAGAGUCUACGAUGAAGGAGGAAUUAAACAAAAAGAUCAAGGAACAGAAAAUUGUGUUUGAUGAGCUCUCCAAUCUGAAGAAAAAUAGGAGGGUCUAUGUUCAACAGCCCAACAGUAACAUAUUCUUCUUGGCAGACAGAGGGCAGACUCUUGGUUCAUGCAAAAAGGAACUGGACAACAUGAAGAAGGAUAUGUAGAAUCUACUCAAUCUGGGACGGAACUACAAAUAAGGCCUUACUUGCUAUAAAUAUGUGUGG